AAUGCCGGCGCCUCGGGCUCUGGAACAACAACCCGAUAUUGGGAUUGCUGUAAACCGUCCUGCGCCUGGCCCGGAAAAUUCAACCUCGCCCCUGGAUUCAAACCAGUGCAAAUGUGCGAUAUUAAUAACCAACCUAUUCUCGACUCGAACUCUUCCUCUGGCUGCAUUAACGGAACAGCAUACCAAUGCUCCAACGAGUCCCCGUGGGCAAUUAAUGAUAAUCUAGCGUAUGGAUAUGCAGCAGUGAACAUUGCUGGAGGAUCAGAAGCAAGCUGGUGUUGUGCUUGUUAUGAAUUGACCUUCACAAGCGGGCCUGUUAUUGGGAAGAAGAUGAUUGUACAAGCUACUAAUACGGGUAGAGAUCUAGCAAGUAACCAAUUCGAUCUGAGUAUUCCAGGUGGAGGCGUAGGAAUCUUUAACGGCUGUACUAACGAAUGGGGAGCUCCUAGCACAGGCUGGGGAGCUCAAUACGGCGGUGUUGCCUCUCGGUCCUCAUGCGACAGCUUCCCCGAAGCCCUGAAAGCAGGCUGCUACUGGCGAUAUGACUGGUUUAAGGGAGCCGACAACCCGAGCGUGUCGUUUACACAAGUGACUUGUCCAACUGCUCUUAUAAACAAUACUCACUGCGCGAGAGCAGACGAU